GGUCAUAGCAUUGGCAUCUUUGCGCAUUGGUUACUUUUUUCCCAAAGAUGUAACCCGAGGGAUAUCUCACGGUAACAAACAAACAAACAAACAAGCGGAUGUGACAAGAGUUCAUUUUGGUGGGGAAUUCAAACGGAGCUGCGCUGUCGCCAAAACCUCUGAACCAGACAGGCGGAAAAGCUGAUGGAAUGUCCAAAGGGCCAACUCUGGUGGUUAAGCCAGUGCUGUGUGCGCUAUCAUUCACUCUCGCUUUUUCCACGGCAGUGUUAAGCUCUUGCUUAUUAACAAGCACUCUCCGUCGAUCCAUCGAGCGCGUGAGAAAGCGGCUUAUCAUUUUGCCUCUGUUCUGCGUCUGAGGAGAGAGGAUGUGCGCGCACAGGCUGUGGAUGCGAGAGGUUUGAUGGGUUGUGAAUUCACUCUGCAGACCGCACAGAAAGGCAGGUGCCCGAGGAACAGUUUAUUUAGGGUCUCAUUCUUUUGGAGCAAAAAGUGGCACUUCAUCAACAUGGCGCGCUUCUUGUAGACACUCUCCGAUUAUGAAGAAACGGACAAAUUCAGCUUUUUCAUAUGGCACUAUAUAAACCACUGCAACAAGGCAAUAAGAAUGUUUUCCAAAGCGCAUGGAGGGAUAUUGUGAGACAAACAACUCUAGUCCUAAAUGGCAGAACUUGAAGUUUGCAGAAAUUUCAAUUUGGAAAGGGUGGAGCGAUGUAUGAGUGUAAUGCAGUCCGGGACACAGAUGGUGAAGCUGAAGGCGGGUUCCAAGGGGCUGGUGAGACUCUUCUACCUGGAUGAGCAUCGCUCCUGCAUCCGCUGGAAGCCCUCACGCAAGAGUGAGAAGGCCAAGAUCACCAUCGACUCACUGUACAAAGUGACAGAGGGCGGUCAGUCAGACAUCUUCCAUCGACAUGGAGAAGGCAGCUUUGACCAGGCCUGCUGUUUCACUGUCUAUCAUGGAAACCACAUGGAGUCCCUCGACCUAGUGACAUCCAACGCAGAGGAGGCCAGAACCUGGAUAACUGGCCUCCGAUACCUGAUGGCUGGCAUCAGUGAUGAGGACUCCCUCGCCAAACGCCAGCGAACCCACGAUCAGUGGAUGAAGCAGACGUUUGAAGAAGCUGACAAGAACGGUGAUGGCCUCCUGAACAUUGAUGAAAUCUAUCAGCUCCUACACAAGCUGAAUGUCAAUCUGCCACGGAGGAAGGUCAAGCAAAUGUUUCAGGAAGCAGAUACAGAUGAUCAGCAAGGCACGCUGACGUAUGAGGAGUUUGCCGUCUUCUACAAGAUGAUGUCUUUGAGACGGGACCUGUUCCUGCUGAUGAUGGCGUACAGCGAGAGGAAAGACCACCUCACAGUGGAUGAGCUGGCAAACUUCCUGCGCAAUGAGCAGAAGAUGGUCAGUGUGACUCCAGAGUACGUUGCAGACGUCAUUGACAAGUUUGAAGUGUCUGAUGAGAACAAACAAAGAGGAGUCAUGGGGAUCGAAGGUUUUACAAGUUUCAUGCGCAGUCCAACAUGUGACAUUUUCAACCCUUUGCACAAUGAGGUGAAUCAGGACAUGGAACAGCCGUUGUGCAACUACUUCAUUGCUUCCUCUCAUAACACGUACUUGACCGGAGACCAACUCCUCUCCCACUCCAAGACGGACAUGUACGCCUGGGUGCUGCAGUCCGGCUGCCGCUGUGUGGAAGUGGAUUGCUGGGAUGGUCCCGAUGGAGAACCAAUGGUCCAACAUGGCUACACUCUGACCUCCAAGAUCCCAUUCAAGUCUGUCAUAGAGACCAUCAAUAAAUAUGCCUUCAUAAAUAAUCAGUACCCGGUCAUAUUGUCCAUAGAGAACCACUGUAGCAUCCAGCAGCAGAAGAAGAUCGCCCAGUAUCUACGUGACAUCUUUGGAGACAAACUGGAUGUGAGAGACACACUGACUGGAGACUCCAAAACCUUACCCAGUCCUCAAAGCCUUCAGGGCAAGAUCCUCAUUAAAGGGAAGCGUCUGCCUGCCUACUUGUCUGCAGAUGCAGAGGAAGGCGAAGUGUCUGAUGAUGACAGCGCUGAUGAAAUUGAGGACGAUUUCAAGCUCAAGAGCAAUAAUGGAAAUGGUCAUCACCAGGUGGAGUCGCACAUUAGAAAGAAACUCGACUCUCUGCUGAAAGAAUCUCAAAUCGGUGAUAAGGAAGACACCGACAGCUUCAGCAUCCGUGCUCUGCUGCGGGCUACGCACCAGGGCCUUCAGAAGAACCUCCGGCAGGGGUCCAAAGGGGUUCUGAAGAAAUCCCAAAGCAGAUCAUUCAUCACAACGCUAAAACAGAAGAGACACUCCAAGUCCAGGCUGAGCUGCCAAAGCGUGGAAAAGGAGGACGAAUGUCAAGAGAAGUCUGGAAGGGAGGCUGGCGGACAGUUCAACAGGGGUGGAAGGAAGAGGAAGACGAUGAAGCUGAGUAGAGAUCUGUCCAACCUGGUGGUAUUCACAAACUCCGUAGCCUCACAGGAGUGUUUAAAUGAAGGUACUCCAGGUGACGUUCUGUCAUUCAGCGAGACUAGAGCCCAGUCCCUGGUUAAUCACAAAACUGAACAGUUCCGCUUUAACCAGAGGCAACUGUCACGGAUUUAUCCAUCAGCCUAUCGCAUUGACUCAUCUAAUUUCAACCCCCAGUUCUACUGGAAUGUGGGCUGUCAGUUGGUGGCCUUGAACUAUCAGACAGAGGGCAGGAUGAUGCAGCUCAACAGAGCCAAGUUUAUGGUGAACGGAGGCAGUGGCUAUGUACUGAAGCCCCCUCCCAUGUGCAAAGGCUCCUUCAACCCUUUCAGUGAUGACCCACUUCCAGCUUACCCAAAGAAGCAGCUCAUUCUCAAGAUCAUUAGUGGACAGCAGUUGCCCAAACCUCCAGACUCCAUGCUGGGGGACCGUGGAGAGAUCAUUGAUCCGUUUGUCGAGGUGGAGAUUAUCGGGUUGCCAGUUGAUUGCUGCAAAGAGCAGACACGAGUUGUUGAUGACAAUGGCUUUAACCCAGUAUGGGAGGAGUCUUUGUCAUUUACCCUUCACAUGGCAGAGGUGGCUCUAGUGCGAUUCCUCGUCUGGGACCAUGACCCUAUUGGAAGAGACUUUAUCGGUCAACGGACAGUUGCCUUCAGCAGCUUAAUGCCUGGAUAUAGACAUGUUUACUUGGAGGGACUGACGGAGGCUUCCAUCUUCGUGCAUGUAUCAGUGCAUGAUGUCUAUGGGAAGUGGAGCCCUCUAGUCCUGAAUCCCAGCUUUACCAUAAUGCACUUUCUAGGAUCUAACAAGGGUCAUCAGCUGCGAGGUAUCAGGGGAUUGUUUAACCGUUCUUCCAAGUCCUCUGUGGAUACAAGCUCUGGUGGCCUUCGGAAACGCUCCCUCAGUGAUCACCUCUUGCGGCGCACUGCCAGUGCUCCCGCAAAAGGACGCAAGAAGACCAAGAUGGCGCUAUCAGAGUCAGUAGCUUCUAUAUCAGACCAAAAGAAUGGCACAAGCGCAGGGGCAGGAGGACAAGGCACGUCAGGGAAGGAUGGAGGGGUGGAGAAACGUUACCAACCCCGAUCUCCCCUGAUCCACAGACCUAUGUCCAUGCCUUUAGACAGGCUUCUCCAAGGGCAGCUAUCCAUCUGCUCUCCAGAUAAGGAACAGCACAAUAUGGGUACAGACAGUGUCAUUGGCUCCUGCUCCUUCGACAGGCCCAGAUCUUCCUCUGUUGACCUUCUCAUUAACUCAUCAGCCUCUAUUGAACUAAGCAGCUCUUCCCAGUCUAAGACAUGCAUCCACAGAAAUAAAGAACUGGACCAAAUAGAAGAGGCAUCUUAUCUGGUUAUUGGAAGAGGAAGGAUGCCAAAUGAAGUGGACUAUGUUAACUACCCAUCAAAAGAUAAUGCAAUCAGCAAAUCAAGGAUCAUCUCAACAAGAACAGAUGAAUUGUCCUACAGUUCCCCUUCUAUGAACAGCCAGAUGAGAACGGAUAAACCAGAAACUUCAUCAAACAGCACAAUGUUCACAGUGGCACCAUCAGUCUCCUCAUCGUCCUCUUCUGCACUUUCAUCUGCAGCUCCUCGUUCCCCUGUCAGUGUAGACUGUGUGUUGACAAGUCCAGGUUAUUUGCAAGAUAGCACCAUCUCUAGACUCAUUGAUGCUGUGUCUUUAGACAAUGAACAAGACACAUGCGAUUCUAUCUCCGCUCUGAUUGGCCAGUUCGAUAGCACCGUGGAUCAGAAUGAUUUUGCAUUAUCUCAUGAUCGAACCCCGUCCCAUCACUCAAACUUCAGGCCUUCCACAGGGAAAGUAUUACAAGAUCUCAGAUCUCCUCUCAAGAGUCCUAUUCAAAAGGAUUAUCCAGUCAGUCCUCAAAAGGAAGCUCAGAGAACAAAUCAUGUUCUUUCCCCGUGCAAAACUUCCCAUACAAACCCACCUCUUCAGACUCACUUUUCCAGCCCUGAAACUGCUGAGCUUGAAGAGGUCUAUACUAUUCUGGAUGAAGAGGUCCUAUCACCUGUAUCAGUGUACAACCUGAAGAAACAGACAGUCAGUGUUCAGGCAGAUGGUACGGAAAGCACCCCAUCAAACACCUUAGGGUCCUCACCAGCAAAACUCAAUCAGUGUUUAGGUAAAGGCCAUUUGCAAAUAAAGAAAAGUGGAAGCGUAGAAGUUGAGCAGGAGGAAGAGAGUGUGUAUGAGGAGGUGUACGAUCCCCCAGUACUAACAUCAGAGCGAGAGCGAGAUACUUCCACAGCAAACAUGGGCUUGUCAUUAAAUGACAAAUGUUACCAGGAUUUCUAUGACUCAGCUGAAAAUGGUUUUACAGAGGUAGAAAUUAAUGUUGAUGAGGACCCAUUAGAGAGGAUUUUGGCAUCACCGCGACAUUGCAGCCCAUGGAAGGGACUCACAAGUCCAACCAAACGACAUGCUAUUUACCAAAACACUGACACAGCUACCAGUUACUUCCAUCAAAAGAAGCCUGCGUCAUUCUGUGACCCCCAGCAGCAGCCUCUUUCCCAUGUGUCUCAUGUACCGUUUCCACAACAUUCCUCUCCAAUGAAUCAAGCCUCAUACAAACUGCCCAGUGACCAUCAACAUCAGACAAACUCUCAACCUUCUUCCUUCCACAAACCUGUAGACUGUAGGUCCUACGAAUCUAGUCCAUUCCAUCUGAACAGCUACCCUGUUCCCCGAAGCUAUCAUGACAAUGGCAGUGACAAGAGAGAUUUUAACAGGCCUUACACGCAACAAAGAAACUAUUGUGGCAGCCAGAUGCUAAACAAAUCUAACCAAGAUAGAAUAGGAUAUAAAGAGAUGGAAAGAGAGUCUGUAAGAUGCUUCCAAAAUGGUUCCUCCUCUGCUGAAAAUCUCCCAGGCCACUCUGCAGUAUCUGUUAACACAUGUAGGGACAAAGCUCUAUCUUCUCCUUUUUCUGAGGUUGAUGCAAUGUACAGUCAUGUCGACUACAACCGCAUCACACCCACAUCAGAGGCCUCGGCUCUUCACAAACCUCAUCCACAUAGACAAAGUCAAACACAGUCAUACACAGCAAAGCAGCCAUGGAGCCAAACUGUUUCACUUUAUAAUAAUAGACAUCAGUCACAGCCUGAAAAUAGAUAUUCACUGAAGAUGACUUUAGGUCCUUCCUCAACUUGUUCCCCAUCUAAUCCCAAAGACACAGCACCAGGUCAAUGUAAGUCCAAGUCUCUGGGAGAUCUGACCUCUGAAGACAUAUCAUGCAACUUCCAGAGCAAAUAUAAUAUUAUUAGUCGGAGUUUUAUCACGCCCCAAAUGAGGAAGCAGAGGAUGAUGGGUGCCACGGGGACAGUAUCUUUACAGUCACAGUCUUGUGAUCCACUUACUGCACAACUUCGCAAGCUGGUCAGUCUGGAAGGGGAUGACAACGACAGAGACAGGCCUCAGUCUCCACAGCUGCAUCAGGAAGCAAAAUCCUCAGCAUCCCAACAAGAUGCAAGUAACUUAGCCCCAUGUGCUCCUGAGAACGUAGAGGGUUCCCCACCACUUCUCACCCGUCGUCUGUCUUCUCGCAGCCAAAGCCGAGUACGUCACAUCAACAGCCGUGCCCGCGAAAGACAGCAAGAGGCCCUAAAACCCCGGGCCGGCGUACUGAUAAGUAAUACCGCCAGCAUCGGUGGGGUGGUAUUAAGAAAUAAACCGGCUUCACAAAAUCCACCAGCUAACCGUCACUCUACUGGUUCUUACAUAGCAGGCUAUCUUGGUCGUGUGGAGGACAGGGGGCUUCCUGAAGGAGCUUGUACGUCAUUGCGUUACGGAAAUGGGGAUCACUAUGGAGACCGUUAUUAUACAGAUGACUCUCUUCCAACUCCAAACUCCUCGCAUUCUGCGUCGGAACCUGAGGUGUACUUUCUACUUCGACUGUAGCUCUGACUAUAAUGUAAACUGAGCUUAAGGAUCAAGUAGUGGUUCUUCAUGUUCAGUUUCAUCGCAAGACAUGUGAAUAAGGGAAUGAAUAUUUACCAGUCUUUGUUCUCAUGUGGUCAGGGCAGUAGUUUACCCUCAAUACAGUUAAAGAAAUCCUAUUCAGUGACUAUUUCUGGAAGACAGUAUAGUCUGUACGAUAUUAAUUAAACAUCACAUGUGAUCCAUGGUUGGAUGUGACAGCAUGGAUUUAUGUAUGAAAUGUGUGUCUAUUCAGUGAAUGGUCUUUCUAGUCUGGCAGUGUAUUGUUGAUAUUCUGCUUAAUGUGUAAAUGUAAUCGGGAACUUGGAUUCCUUCUUAUUGGGUUCCUAGACUGAUUGUACAGAUACUUGUUAUCUUUGUCCUUGUGAUUUACUGUCAAAAUGCGUACACUGACUAUGAAGCAAAAAGAAGAAGAAGAAGAAAAAAAAUGAUAAAUUGGUUUCAAGCUGAGAGGGAAUGUUUUUUUUUUGUAUCAUAUGAAUGUGUAGUAUAGUCAAAGAGCCACUUUUAUUAUAUUGGAUUCAUAUUUUCAAAUAUUAAAUUUAAGUCUUCCUUCCUUUUCAGUGGUACUUCUUUGUUUGUGUUGUGUGUAAAUAUUCUUUUCAUUGUUUUUAUUUUAAGAUGGGUUUUACUCAAGAUCCAGUUCUAAUUGUACAUUUACAUGUAUGUUUGUGCAUGUUACCUGUGAACAUGUCAAGCAUGACUAUGCACCAGUUUAUACAAUAGAUGUUGCAUUGCUCAACAUUUGCACAAUAAUAGUUGCAUUGGAUACAACAGAGGACAUAGGCUUGCUUGUAUUGGGUGCAAUACAGUACAUAAACCUCCCUGCUUGGACUUGUUGCUCUCUGUGAUUUGUAGACUUUAAAAACAUAAUUGAAAAUUUUAAAGAUUUGGAGUUUAAAGGUUUUUAUUUUUGUAAUUGCUUUGAUACAAACUGCAAAAUAAUUUCUUGUUGGUUCUGGUUUAUUAUUUUAUUUUGUAUAUCUAAAUGGUAAAAAAAAAAGAGUAACAAACGUACAGGGCCAUGCUAAGGAAGGGACUGUGGUAAAACUGCAGUUUUUCUAUUAUUGUUUCAGUGUUAAAUCAUCCUUUUUUUUCUUUGUAUUGCUGCUCAUCAGAGGACUGUGAGCAUUUUCCUACCAAUGCAAUAAAAUUCUGCAAUAUUUGAUUUCAACACA